CCGCCUCCGGUGCCACCGCCUCAAACCUCCGGCAUAGGAGCGAUUCUCUCCGCGCUCCGCUGCCCACCCGGGGAGGUUCUCCGGGGCCUGCGACUGCCCUAGCACCGCCCCGCCUCCCCAGCCCGCCCGCUGCACUGACCGGCCCGCCCUGCUGCAGAGCGCAGCCUGGCCUACACCCCCAGGCGGCAGGCAGCGCAGCCCGCUGUAGCCCCAGCCAUGCCGGGCCCUGUAGCCCUGCACGUGUCCCGUGUGCGGGCUCUGUACCGGCGGAUCCUGCUGCUGCACCGGGCGCUGCCCGUGGAGCUGAAGGCGCUGGGCGAUGCGUACGUGAAGGAGGAGUUCCGGAGGCACCGGUCGGUUGGGCCUGCUGAUGCCCAGCGCUUCCUGCGGGAAUGGGAGAUUUAUGCAGAAAUGCUGUGGCAGCAAGCUAACGAAGACAGACAAAACUCAAGAAACAAGACUUGCUUUGGAACCCCCCUCACAGAGGAGAAACUUAAUGACUUCCAUAAUGAACAGAUUGGACAGCUGCAGGAAUUGAUGCAAGAAGCCACUAAACCUAAUAAGCAAUUUAAUAUUUCUGAUGAUUCUGAAUACAAGAACUAGAUUUUUAAAUGCACUUAAAAGCAUUUUAUAGCGCUUCCUUUUUCAAUUUGAGUAGAACAUUAUUAUGAAGAAUAAUGAAAGCUGAUGAUGUGGUAAAUUUUGUGUGUUUUAACCUGAUGUAUCUGUUUCCUUAUGCAAUGAUGUUAGAAUUACUUUAUGGUCCCAGGUUAUGUAAAUUACAACAAACAUUUGCACUUUGUGGAACUUAGAAAAUGUGCUUUAUUUUAAGAAUUUGGUAAUUGUCAUGUUUUCAAAAUGGGAAGUUUUAUGCUAGAAUUGGAUUUAAGCACCUGGUAGGUCUUGAUUUCAAGCCAAGUCAUUAUUUGUAUAUCAUCCACUUCUUCCUCUAAUAAUGGAAAGGAUGCAAUCAACAGUAAUUUUCUGAUGGGGAUUCAGUAACUACAGUACAAAGAAGGAAUGUGUGCUACUGAUUUGGGUUUAUUGCAUUGCAAAGAAGUAAACCAUGCUUACAAGGA